AUGAGUAGUUUACCAUUAUUAGGCUCAUCAAAUGAUGUUAAUGCUCAAUCAACAUUAUCUGGAUUCAAUUAUAAUUUUACAAAAACUUUUAAAUUAACUUUAAAAUCGUCCCCAGUUAAUUAUUUAUUAUUUUUCGUACCAUUGGGUAUAUUAGCAGGAGAAUUAGAUUGGUCUUCAAAUGCAAGAUUUUGGUUAAAUUUUUUUGCAAUUAUUCCAUUAGCUUCAAUAUUAGCAUUUGCAACUGAAGAGAUUUCUGAAUUUGUUGGUCAAACUGCUGGAGGUUUAUUAAAUGCAACUUUUGGGAAUGCGGUCGAAUUAAUUGUUAGUAUUAUAGCAUUGAAAAAUAAUCAGGUUAGAAUUGUACAAGCAUCAAUGUUAGGUUCUAUUUUAUCAAAUUUAUUGUUAGUUUUAGGUUGUUGUUUUGUUGCUGGUGGUAUAACGAGAGUUCAACAAACUUUUAAUCAAACAGUUGCACAAACCAUGUCAAGUUUAAUGGCAUUAGCAACAGGUUCAUUAUUGAUUCCAGCUGCAUUUCAUGCAUCAAUUCCAGGUUCAAAAAAGGGAAAAGAUGAUACAUUUCCAAAUCCAGGUACUUCAGAUGAUUUAAUUUUAUCAUUAUCAAGAGGUGUUUCAAUUAUUUUAUUAGUUAUUUAUAUUUUUUACUUAUUAUUUUCAUUAAAGACUCAUAAACAAUUAUUUGAAGAAACAAAUGGAGAAAUAAUUGAAGAACAACAUGAAGAUUUAAGUGAUGAUAAUAUUAUAACUAAUUCAUUGAAAAGUAAAGAUCAAAUUCAAAAAGAAAAACAUUUAAAUGUUGUAUCAGGAUUAAUUGUUUUGUUAGUUACUACAAUUUUAGUUAGUUUAUGUGCUGAUUACUUAGUUGGUUCAAUUGAUGAAAUUGUUGAAACAUCUGGUUUAUCUAAAACAUUUAUUGGUUUAAUUGUUAUUCCAAUUGUUGGUAAUGCUGCUGAACAUGUUACUGCUAUAAUUGUUGCAAUGAAAGAUAAAAUGGAUUUAGCAAUUGGUGUUGCUGUUGGUUCAUCAUUACAAAUUGCAUUAUUUGUAACUCCAUUUAUGGUUUUAAUUGGUUGGUUUAUUGAUGUUCCAAUGUCUUUAUAUUUUUCAACUUUCGAAACAGCAAUUUUAUUUGUUAGUGUUUUUAUUACUAAUUUAGUUAUAUUAGAUGGUGAAAGUAAUUGGUUAGAAGGUGCUAUGUUGUUAUCAACAUAUUUAAUAAUUGCUUUAGCUUUCUUUUAUUAUCCAGAUGUUGCACCACUUUAG